AUGCGAUCAUUUAAUCCUUUUCGAAAAAAUAACGAUCAGACCAAAAAUGGUCAAACAAAUCCGCACAAUAAGUCUGAUCCCAAAGCCUCAACUAAUCAAUCUUAUGAUUUAAAUAAAGACGAUCAAGAACCGUCUACUUCACAGACAAUGAAACCUAAGAUUAAUGCAAACUAUGCUACAGACAGCACAAAUAUUUUAUUGCGAACGGCAUUAGUGCAGAUUGAAUCUAGAGGGGAACUAUUCACAAUCCGUGCGCUAAUAGACCCCGGUUCCGAAAGAACUUUUCUCUCGGAAAAGAUUCAAAGACGGCUCAAUUUACCAUCAAGAAAGUCUUAUUCUGAGAUUAUCGGAAUUGGAGGCCAAUGUCAAACGGCAGAAAAGGAAUGUGACAUAGUCUUGGUAUCAAAAAUAAAGAAUUUCAGACUUCCAGUAACAGCUACUGUAUUACCAAAAGUAACGAACCAAAUUCCCUCCACCUCCUUUAACGUUGCAAAUACAGCUAAACUUGCUGAUCUUGAUCUAGCCGAUCCUCAUUUUAAUAUAUCUUCGCCUAUUGACUUAGUUCUGGGAAAUGAUAGCGAACGUUUUAUAAAUCUGGAUGGAAUUAGACGAGAUGUGUGUGGUUCGGCCACAGCAUACAGAACCGUAUUUGGAUGGGUCCUAAGUGGUUCAGUUCAAACAAAACCUAUAUUUUCGUUUUCAACAAGUGUCAAAUCAGCAGAAGAAAAUGAUUUAGAUAAAUUGAUUCGGAAGUUCUGGGAGCAGGAAGAGUUACCUUCGGCCCGUCCAAUCUCCUCUGAAGAUGAAUAUUGCGAACAAUUCUACUCCCAAACGACGAAGCGUUUACCAAAUGGUCGUUACAUGGUAAGAUUGCCAUUCCGACAAGAUUUUCCAGAGACUAGAUUCCUUGGCCCAUCAAGAUUUGUUGCUCUAAGUCAGUAUGUUCGUCUGGAGCAAACAUUAACAAAAAAUCCUCUACUACAGAAUCAAUAUAAUGAAGUUCUCAAAGAAUACAUUACCUUAGAUCACAUGGAAGAGACAACGUCAAAGGAAUUCUUCUCAAAUGAAAAAUGCGACUCGUUUUAUCUCCCCACAUCGCCCAGAAAGUAA